GGUGGUGGCUGCGGCAGGGCUCUGUCCGCUAGCAGGUCGCCCGCGCCGCUCGUGCCUUCGGCGGGGAGCAGACCUAUCAUCCUCUGGCCCACACCACUCUUCUCAGAAAGGAUCUGCUUCGAGACUGGAAGCGGCGGCUGCUUUGAGGACCAGGUGGGACUUGCUGUGCACCAUCUGCAAAUGGUGCCACAGUAAAAUUUGGGGGGAAAAGAAAAUAGGCUUGCUCGUCUGAAAGCGGCGGACGUGCAGGGCGAGCUGCAUGGGAGGCCCAGUCGUCUGGUGGCUGCUUCCCGCGUCUCCCACCGGGAAACAGAGUCAGGUGAAGAGUCCAUGUUGAUCUUGGAAGCAGAAGGAUUCCAAAACGUUUCUACAGAGAACUUGGCCAUCUCCUUUUUGAUCUGAAGACCGGGGGACCAUGGAUAUCAUAGAGACCGCGAAACUUGAAGAACAUAUGGAAAAUCAAACCACCGACCCAGCAAACACGUACACGCAGCCGGCUGAACCCGCCGAAGAAGAAAACAAAAAUGGCAACGGAAAACCCAAGAGCUUAUCCAAUGGGCUGCGGAAGGGCACCCGAAAGUACCCAGACUAUAUCCAGAUUGCUAUGCCCACUGACUCGAGGAACAAGUUCCCCCUAGAGUGGUGGAAAACAGGCAUCGCUUUUGUGUAUGCGGUUUUCAACCUGGUCCUGACCACCGUCAUGAUCACAGUUGUACACGAGAGGGUCCCUCCCAAGGAGCUCAGCCCUCCGCUCCCAGACAAGUUUUUUGACUACAUUGAUCGGGUGAAGUGGGCAUUUUCUGUAUCAGAAAUAAACGGGAUUAUAUUAGUUGGAUUAUGGAUCACCCAGUGGCUGUUUCUGAGAUACAAGUCCAUCGUGGGACGUAGGUUCUUCUUUAUCAUCGGAACUUUAUACCUGUAUCGCUGUAUUACAAUGUACGUCACCACUCUGCCUGUGCCUGGGAUGCAUUUCCAGUGUGCUCCAAAGCUCAACGGGGACUCUCAGGCAAAAGUGCAGCGGAUCCUGCGGUUGAUUUCGGGGGGAGGAUUGUCCAUAACUGGGUCACACGUCUUGUGCGGAGACUUCCUCUUCAGUGGCCACACGGUUGUGCUGACGCUGACUUACUUGUUCAUCAAAGAAUAUUCGCCUCGUCACUUCUGGUGGUAUCACUUGGUCUGCAGGCUGCUGAGCGCCGCGGGGGUCAUCUGCAUUCUCGUCGCCCACGAGCACUACACUGUGGACGUCAUCGUGGCCUAUUACAUCACCACGCGGCUGUUCUGGUGGUACCACUCCAUGGCCAACGAGAAGAACCUGAAGGUCUCCUCACAGACCAACUUCCUGUCUCGUGCAUGGUGGUUCCCCAUCUUUUAUUUUUUUGAGAAAAACGUUCAAGGCUCAAUUCCUUGCUGCUUCUCCUGGCCACUCUCCUGGCCUCCUGGCUGCUUUAAAUCACCGUGCAAAAAGUAUUCACGGGUUCAGAAGACAGGGGAAGACAAUGAGAAAUCUACCUGAGGAGCCAAGCAAGGCAUCAGCCCUUACACCAAGAGGUAUCGCUGUAACCAAAGGUCUAGUUUUGUUUUAUUGUUUUUUUAAUUUUAGGAGAACUGACUAAAAUAGACAAAUAAGUGGACCAAACUUUGUGUGAAUGACUAGGAAGAUGAACCAAGUGCGACCCUUUGACUGGUUUUUUACUGCUCCCGAGAGUUGUAUUCUCCUAUGGCUCUUCAU